AUGUAUCGCUUGAUCUUGCUGUCCAGUCUCAUAGCCAGUGGCCAACUGCUCUCCUCUGUGGUGAGACAAAGAGAGGAACCUGCAGAUGCUGGAUCGGCUGGAUCCACUGUACACCCUCCCUAUGGAGUCUCCCAACCGGCACUUCUCUCGGCCCCCAUUGGUGGCUCUGUUGAAAUCCCCUUCUCCUUCUGGUAUCCCUUGAAGCUGGCCAAGAAUCCCCACCUGACUAUAACCUGGAGAAGAGGCCACUUCCACGGGGAGUUUAUCUACAACCACACUCAGUCCUUCAGCCACAAGGAUUACAAGAAUCGGCUCUUCCUGAACUGGACACAGGGGCAGGAGAGCGGCUCCCUCAGGAUCUCGAAUCUGCAGCUCAGGGACGACUCCAAGUACUUCUGCCAAACACAGACAGACGGCUGGCAGGAGUGGCAGGCCCUCAGGGGAACCUCGCUCAUCAUCACUCCUGGUCGGCCGGCCACAGCCAAAACCCCAGCCAGGGAACACUUACAACACACUGAGGAGACAUACGAGAAUACUGGGAAUAAAGGAUAGCAAUACAGACCACUCUAUUCCCCUAAAUAAACAACUCAGAAUCGAGUCUGAAGGAAUUCAAAGGAAGCUUGGAGAAGGUGGGGCAAAGAACACUGAGGGCCUGUGGUAUGGACAGAGCAUCCAUUGAAUCUCAUUGAAUCACUGCAUUAAGAAAGGGACGGGGCCAGCAUUGUGACGUUCAAAUCCCAACUGCUCAACUUCCCGUCAAGCUCCCCGCUAAUGCUCCUAGGAAAGCAGAGGAAGAUGGCCCAAGUACCUGGGCUCCUGCAUCCACAUGGGAGACCCAGUGGAAGUUCCUGGCUCUGGCUUUGGCCUGGCCCAACUCCAGCUAUUGAGGCCAUUUAGGGAGUGAACCACUGGAUGGAGGAACACUCGCUCUGUCUCUCUCCCCCUCCCUCCCUCCCUCCCUCCCUAACUCAGCCUGUCAAAGAAAAGAAAAAGAGGACAGAGCCACUUCUAACCCCCUUCUCCUUUGGUUCUCACCGGGAUGCCAGCAUCACCCCCCUUGACUUCUGCUAUGGUAUCAGUGUGUCCCCUCCAAAGCUCACUGUUCAAAUUUAAUCUCCACUGUGCUGGUACUAAGAUGGGAACUUCUCUCCCUCAUGAAUAGCUCUGUGCCUUAUAAAAGGGCUGGAGGGAACUAGCUUCAGCCCCUUCUUGCUUGUGUGCCCUGUAAGGCACAGCCACAAGGCACCCACUGGGGAACAAAAGACCAGGACCUCAUCAGAACCCCAAUCACCAGCACCUUGACCUUGAACUUCUAGACCCCAGAACUAUGAGAAGUAAAUAACUGUUCUAACUCUGACCUCAGAAUCAGCUCUUAAGGCAUUCUGGUCUGGCUGAAAAGCCUGUGAGAGCAUUUCAGGCACGGAAAGCCAAGACACUGUGGCAAAAAAUGUUCUACAUGAAGGACCUCUGUGCAUGAGACCCCAGUGGAAAGAAGUGGCCAUCAAAGGAGGUACUUUCCUCUAAAGGGAGCAGAGAACCUCCACUUUGACUCUGGCCUCGUCUAAACACUGACAGAGUUUGUGGAUUCAAAAGGCUUCCAUAGCCUAGGCAGCUCAUGUCAAGAGCCUUGGGUGGUCACUGACAUCGUACAUGAGUGUUGUUAAAUUAACAACAGGAGUCACUGUGCACUAACUGCCCAUGCAGGACCUCUGUCCUCAAUGAGUUGUAUUAUGAGGUAACUGUAAAACUGCUUCUCAGCUUUUUAAAUUUUGUGUGUGUGUGCAAACUGUUGAAAUAUUUACUUAGUGUAGAGUUGGUCUUCUGUGCACAAAGUUAAUUGAAAAUGAAUCUUAAUGAAGCAUGAGACUGGGUAGGGGAGAGGGGAGAAGGGGUGGGAGGGUGGUAUGUUUGGAAGAAUCACUAUAUUCCUGAAGUUGUACAUAUGAAAUUUGUAUUCCUUAAAAAUAAAAUAGAGUAAAAUAA